CUAACUUGUCGAAUCAAUUUAGCGAGUAGAUUUUUCGUAAAAAAAAUCUUCCAAAUGCUAAAGCCACAAAUUAAGUCAAUAAAUUUAAACAGUAUAACAAUCAACUGGUCAAACAUUUACUGCGGAAAAAAUGGAGUGUAUUUAAUUAAAUUGCAAAUUUGCGAUAACAUAAAAGAAUGGAAAACGAUUUACUAUGGUCCAAAAUUAGAAUUUAAAGUAGACCGUCUUGCAGUAUGUACUUGCUAUAAUUUUCGAAUACAAAAUGAAGGACAAAAGGAUUGGAUAUACUUUAAAGCUGCCACACAGGAUGUCGGACCGUAUACUUCUGUUAUACAUAUGACUAGAGCUGUCAAAUUGGGGAAAACCUCUGUUAUUAGGAAAAUUGCCCAUAUAAAACCUUUGCUGCUUAACAUAGAAAAUAAAGAAAACAAAACACCAAUAUUUCAAGCUAUUGAAGCACGAGAUUUGCAGAUUAUACAUCUACUAGUGGCUUUAGGAGCAAACAUAAACAAACCCCAAUUGUACACAAAUCGAACACCUUUGAUGUUUUCAAUUUAUAAAGGAGAGCUUCAAGCAGCUAAACUUUUGAUAGAUAAAGUCAAAGCUGUAAGCUUUGACCAAAGAUUGAAGGCGUAUCAGGUAACUAAAUGGCCAGAUCACGACGAUCUGAUUUGA